AUGAAUAACACUACCUUUGCCAUCCCUCCUAACCUUGAACCAGAUCAAGCUAGCCCGGCAUGGAUGAGCAAAGGUGACAAUGCAUGGCAGCUCACCGCCGCGACACUAGUGGGCCUACAAAGUGUUCCGGGGCUCAUAAUCCUAUAUGGUGGCGCGGUGAAGAAGAAAUGGGCAGUGAACUCAGCUUUCAUGGCACUCUAUGCUUUUGCUUGUGUUCUUGUUUGUUGGGUUUUAUGGGGCUAUAGGAUGUCUUUUGGGGAUGAACUGCUUGUUCCAUUUUUGGGAACUCCCAACUUUGCACUAGACGAAAAUUUUCUUUUCAAGAAGGCAUUUUCCGGAAAUUUUCCUAAUGCCACAAUGGUGUAUUUCCAAUUUGUCAUUGCGGCAAUCACUUUGAUUUUGAUUGCAGGGGCCUUGUUGGGACGUAUGAACUUCUAUGCAUGGAUGCUUUUUGUGCCUUUAUGGUUGACCUCUUCAUACACUAUUGGAGCGUUCACUAUAUGGAGUAAUAAUGGGUUUCUCUACAAGUUAGGAAUCAUAGAUUAUUCUGGUGGAUUUGUGAUCCAUUUGUCCUCAGGAGUUGCUGGCUUUACAGCAGCAUAUUGGGUUGGUCCUCGUCUAUCCAAAGAUAGGGAACGGUUCCCUCCAAACAACAUCCUUCUCAUGUUAACUGGGGCAGGAUUUUUGUGGAUGGGUUGGACAGGGUUCAAUGGAGGUGACCCGUAUUCAGUAAAUGUUGAUGCUUCCUUGGCCGUGUUGAAUACGCAUGUCUGCACCGCUACAAGCUUGCUUGCUUGGGUGAUGUUAGAUGUCUACUUUUUUGGGAAGGCUUCCAUUAUUGGGACGAUUCAAGGCAUGAUCACUGUCUUGGUUUGCAUCACCCCAGCAGCCGGCCGGAUGGGCAGCAAUAAUAAUGGGGUUUGCUCAGGCUCAAUUCCUUGGUUCACUAUGAGGAUCAUCCACAAGAAAUCCAAGCUCCUUCAAAUGGUUGAUGAUACAAUGGCAGUUUUGCACACCCAUGCAAUUGCUGGCUGUCUCGGGGGAAUCCUAACCGGCCUUUUUGCAGAGCCUAAAUUAAACAAUUUAAUGUCCAUUGAAGAUAUGGAAAUUGGUGAUGGAGCGACUCACAACGAAGAAGCUUAUGCUAUUUGGGGUCAAGGUGAAAAACUUGGUAAAUUGAGACAUGAAGCUGCAAUCUACAAUGAUAUUGAAUCAUCAGUGACAAGAGGCAGGGCUAUUGGUCAAGUUGAAAUGACAUGA